CAACACACAAACCAUACCACUUUACACCAACAAAAAAAAUGAAGAAAACUCCAUCAUCUUCAACCUUAGGUCCAGAAGGUUUAGACAUAGCACAAUCCUUCUUCAAACCCAUCCAACACUCCUCCCCACCACCCCUAACCACCCGAACCACCAAAAUCACCGUGGUCGGUGUUGGCAACGUGGGCAUGGCAAUAGCCCAGACCAUCCUAACCCAAGGACUCGCCAACGAGCUCGCACUCGUCGACGUAAACUCCGACAAACUACGCGGCGAAAAGCUUGAUCUCCAACAUGCAGCUGCAUUCCUCCCACGUACCAACAUCACUGCAUCAGUUGAUUACUCCAACACCGUUGGAUCUGAUCUUGUUAUUGUUACAGCUGGUGCCCGACAGAUUGUUGGGGAGUCUAGGUUGAAUUUGUUGCAGAGGAAUGUGUCUUUGUUUAGGAAGGUGAUACCGCCUUUGGCUGAGAGGUCGCCUGAUGGGAUAUUAUUAGUUGUGUCGAAUCCGGUUGAUGUUUUGACUUAUGUGGCGUGGAAACUGUCGGGGUUCCCGUCGAAUCGGGUUAUUGGGUCGGGUACGAAUUUGGAUUCGUCGAGGUUUAGGUUUUUGAUUGCUGAUCAUCUUGAUCUUAAUGCUCAGGAUGUGCAGGCUUACAUAGUGGGGGAACACGGUGACUCAUCGGUGGCGUUAUGGUCAAGCAUAAGCGUUGGAGGGGUGCCGAUACUUAGCUUUUUAGAGAGGCAACAAAUUGCAUACGAGAAGCAAACACUUGAGAAGAUUCACAAAGAAGUUGUGGAGGGUGCAUAUGAGGUAAUAAGCUUGAAAGGUUACACGUCUUGGGCCAUCGGCUACUCAGUGGCUAGCUUGGCUCGAGCCAUACUAAGGGACCAACGUAGCAUCCACCCUGUUUCGGUAUUAGCCAAAGGGUUCUAUGGCAUUCAUGGUGGUGAGCCGUUUCUUAGCUUGCCUGCACAGUUAGGGAGGAGUGGAGUGUUGGGAGUGACGAAUGUGCAUCUUACUGAGGAGGAGGAAAAACAACUUCAAAAGUCUGCUAAGACCAUUUUGGAACUACAAGCCCAAUUGGGCAUAUGACUUGAUAUGUAUCAUGUAUUGUGUACCAUUUUCAUAUGUGAAAUGCUUAUUUAUAUAUUUACAAGAUUAUCUCUUAAGUA